CACAUUGCUCACCAAAAGCAGUCUAAUUAAACCACUCAAUCGAACCGGUUGAGGGCGUGUUUCGUACUCAGCGCGCUGGUUGUGAUUUGCAUAGUCCGGACACACAAUGGAGGGAUACCUGCGCUUCUACAUCAAAUUCCAGGGCUACACCAUGGCCGUGGUGUGCAUUUUGGCGUCCAUUUUGGCAACACUGGUCAUCUAUCAGAACAACGAUAUGCAUUACCCGCUGGAAGAGUUCUACAACUACCGUUUUAUGGGAAGUUCGGCACUGGUGUUUGGAGCAUGCUGGCUUGCCGUUGGAGUAUCCAUGCUUUACGGAAUCAUCAAAGAAGUAAAAGUAUAUCUGUAUCCCUUUGCGAUCAUGUACAUGCUGGAUUUGUUUCUAAUGUUUCUGCGAGAUAUUGUGUCGAUCUGGACAAAUCGACCCUGGUACGAAAUCAUCCUGCUGAAUCCAGUCGCUGGAUUCGUUGCACUUUACAUCACCCUGCACAUCAUGCUGAGCCUGGUGGCCAUGGGUAAACUUUUCGAGCAGGAUCCACUGGCCCUGAGGGGAACCAACUUUGUGCGGUUCAAGACGGAGAACCGGCCGGGCGAGUUCGAUCCGCAGGAACAGCUCGGCGACGAGCUGUCACUGGUGACGGAGUGAUCUUGAACCAGAGAGGCUGACUGUAGCUGAUAAGAGGAUGAUUUUCAGAAGAAAUAUUAUGAAGCCGUAGUUGUUUACGGUGCUAAUCAGUGAUUGAGUGGGAUGUUUCGGUGUAAAAAUGAAUCGAGUGCAGUUGUUUUUUGCUGUUUUGUUGAUGUGCAGGAUUGUUUGUAAAUUUGAGUGGCGGCUUUUCUUAGAACAUUGCAUUAUGAGAAACGCUCUAAGUUUAUAGUGAAAUAGAGGUGCGUAAUGAACAAGAA